AAAUCAACAGCAAUGUGCACCACACUACAUUUGUGCUCACACCGUCAACAAGAAGACAUGAAGGAGAGGAACCCCUUCAGAAGUAUUUUCUGUUAAUCCUGCUCUUCAGAAAACAUGAAGAAAGCUACAUCUGUCAAAGAUGAUGAGAGAGGGAGUUGCUCUGACAAAAAUCAACAGACAUGAAGGAGAGGAAACCCAUCAGAAGUAUUUUCUGUUAAUCCUGCUCUUCAGAAAACAUGAAGAAAGCUACAUCCGUCAAAGAGCUGAGUGCUGUGCUCGUGGGAUCAAACAUCUCCCAGAAAUAUCAAGUUGGAAACAUCAUCCUUGGAAGACAAGCGUUUGAUCUGGUAGAUGUAAAAUGCUGUUGUGAGAGGGCAGAGGGAGACGUGUGCGGGCGAAGAGUCACCUUGGUCAAACCCCCCGGGUGGCUUCCAGGAUAUGAGCUCUGCAAUACAUCUGAACUUUUCAAGACAGAAGCGAUUCUCAGCAUCACACCUGGACUGCAUGGUUUUAUCCUGGUGAUUAAUGCUGAACUACCAUUCAAGACAGUAAACAAGAAGGCAACAAAGCAGCACUUGCAACACUUCUUUGGUGACAAGGUGUGGGAUCACACAAUAGUGGUCUUCAUCCACAAAGGCCGUCUAACCCACAAACCCAUUGAGGAGUACAUCAGUACGAAAGGGGCACCACUCCAGUCGCUUCUGGAGGCCUGUGGUAAUAGAUACCAUGUUCUUUGUGAUGAUGGCACAGACAAUGUUGAGAAAGUCAAAGAGCUGUUUGAGAAGAUUGACACCAUGGUGGCAGAAAACAAUUGUUACGAAAUCAACAGCACUCUGAUUCAAAAUGCCGAGUUGAAGAGGAGGGAAGUGGACAAAAAAGCUGAGGAGUUGCGUCUGCAAUCACAACAAGAAAGGCAAAAACUCAGAAAUCUCCUGACAGAGCCAACACUCAACCUGAGGAUCUUGAUGGUCGGGUGGGUGUUUUCUGGGAAGAGUGCCACAGGGAACAGUAUUCUAAGCGCUGAGGUGUUUCAUUCUGGUGACAGAACGGUGAAAGCUUUAAAGCAAAGCGGUGAGGUUGCUGGAAGAGACAUCGUCAUCGUGGACACUCCUGGAUGGUGGAAAUUCUUCCCAGCGAUAUUUAACCCUUCGCUUUUGAAAUCUGAGAUUUUAAAAGGAGUGUCUUUGUGCUCGCCAUCACCAAAUGUCAUUUUGCUGGCAGUGCCUCUUGACACAUCGUUUACCGAUGAACAAAGAAGAGUCAUAGAGGGCAACAUGAGGCUAUUUGGACAGAGAGUGUGGAGACAUGUCAUUGUGCUGUUUACAUUCGGGGACGCUUUGGGGGACAAAAUUAUUGAGCAGCACAUUGAAAGUGAAGGAAAGCCUCUCCGCUGGCUGAUUGAGAAAUGUGGAAACAGGUAUCACGUCCUCAACAACACGAGUGCAGCUGGUGAUCAGGUAACAGAGCUGCUGGAGAAGAUGGAGGAGAUGGUGGCAGGAAACAGCUCUUUUUACCUCAGUGCCUACCCUGACACAGAUGAUCCACAACUCCAGGAAGACAGAUGUGACAAAUCAACUGAAAACAAAGAUGAGAACACAACCAAGGAGAUCAGAGAACAACUUAUCAUUGAAUGGGAUCGUAGAAACUGGAAAACAUACCAGAGCCUAGAAGGAAGUAGGAAAGAACCACCAAGCAUGAGUGAUGACGACCUACAGUCUGACGGUUCAGAUUGGGAGGAAGAACAAACGGAGGACCGACUUGAAGAUGACCAGGGCUGUUUCAAUCUUGAAGACAGUGGAGAUGAUGCAACUCUGAUCGGUUGGAAAAGACUGCUGGAGAGAGAGUGGAGCAGACGAGAGUGGGCCAUGGAACAGGCUUCUUGGAUACCUUUAUUCAGUCCUGACUCUGCAGCCACCUCCGAGCCAGAUAUUGGUCGGCUGCACAUAUCAAGAAAAAAAGUAACAACGUGGCUGAAAACCCAACGCACAUCAUCUGCAAAUGGGACAGCCUCUAACACCGGCUGUAAAGAGAAGAAAAAGAAGAAAAGAGGCACUUCAAUGAGGGAUAAUCCACCUAGGCAAGUCCCUAGGGCACAACAAGCUGGGAAAAAAAAGGGAAGAAGAAAUCUUUUAAAAAGAAUUAAUGAAAUUAACUAAAAUUAAUUUCAGAAGACCUUUCUACUUUUAAAAGUAUGUCUGUGUAGGCAAAUGCAUCAGAUUGUUAAAAUAAAAAACCUGCUCACUCUUCUCUAAACACCUAAUAUUGAGAGAAGACUACAAGCAGACUGUAGAAAGAUUCUCUACUGGAGACUGGUUCUCACUGUCAUAUCAAUCAUUAACUUAAUCCUGGUAGGGGCAUUAUAUAAACAGAAGUGAACGAUGCAAGCAGAGCAGAUGUUUUGUGCUUAUUUCAGCGCUUUGCAGGUGAAACACACCCUCAUAGUGCUGAUGUUCACGCUGAGCUUAACAAGUUUCUGUCUGUAACAGAUGCACAUUGACAAGGAUAUUGCAGAAAAUAGUUUAGGACACUAUAAAAAAUUAAUAUUAUAGGAAACAAUAUUUUCUUAAGGGACCUAUGUGUGGGAUUUAGUGGCAUCUAGUGGUAAGAAUGCAGAUUGAAACCCCUUGACUCAACCAAACGUGUAGGAGAAACAAUUAAAAACACAGAAGUUCUGGGAUACUGUAGGAACAUUACAUUUCUGUCAUGUUCUCUAAAUAGAGCCCCCUAAAUCUUACACACUGGACCUUUAAUUCAGAGCUAUUCAGUUGUGGGACAUAUCUAAACUGCUUCACUGAUGUGUUUUGCAUAUGUACAUACAGAUGUAGUGAGCUACCAAUAGCACCAACUGUACUUUGACAAUUAAAAACUAAGCUAUAAAAUCAAGAUUAAAUUGGCAUAGAUUUUUUCACCAUAAUAAAGCCUACAUUGAAUGUAUAGGGAGGCUGUCAACAUGCAACUAUGGUCCGUCUUAAUCUGAGUAUACCCACCAUGCAUAAAGACGUUCACAAGUCAUUCAACAACAUUGUUAGCUAUCCCGUAAAUAAAAAAUACCAGCUAUUUAUUUAUGUUAUCAAAACAUUUAUAAAACAUAACAUGACUCUUAGCCAUUAUGGCUUUUUUGCUGACUGGUUACUAAGACAAUGCACGAAAUAAAGGAAAAGCUUCAAAGAUGAUAAGAAGAUUAAACACUUUCUUAACUUAGCCUUGGAAGUUUCAGAAUUUUUUUUGUAUGGCUUUUUAUCUAGCUAUUUAUUAUCUUGUUAAUCUGUACUGUAGGGUUGCAUGUUGAGAUGGUGGAGGCAGUAUAUGAUGAGGAGAUCGAAUACUAGGUAAUGAGAUCUGCUCUAUUUCCCAGGAACUUGCAGAAAUCCAGGAUUGUUUGUAUGUAUGUUAACUUGACUUGAUCCUGAGGGAAAUUAUUGUGCAGCAGCUGCAGUACAAAAUAGGAAAGAGUGUAAAUUAUCAAUAAAGGUGCAAAAAUAUCAAUACACAUAUAUCCAAAAUUCACAAAAUAUACAAAACAAAUAAACAAGGUUAAUGGUAAGGAUCAUGAGUUGUUUCAUAUAACAGUUUUCUUCUUGGUAUGUCUGUGUGAACUGUUUUAUUGUAUGUAUGAAAUAAAUCCAUUCCUUAUUAAAGCUACCACAUAAAUGUA